AUGCCGCAAGCUCCCCUCGCGCCAAAAGACGCAGGUCUUUUCCGACAAGUUCUCAAAUGUUAUGAAACCAAGCAAUACAAGAAGGGCCUCAAAGCCGCCGAACAAAUUCUCAAACGCAACCCACAUCAUGGUGAAACGCUCGCCAUGAAAGGUCUAAUCACCAACUCCCUCGGCCGCACAACCGAAGCCUUCGCUAUCGCCAAAGAGGCCCUGAAACAGGACAUGAAAUCACACGUUUGCUGGCACGUCUACGGUCUUCUCUACCGGUCUACUAAGAACUUUGAGGAGUCCAUAAAGGCCUAUAAAAUGGCGCUGCGCUUCGAGCCAGAGUCUCAACAGAUCCUACGCGACCUUGCACUCCUCCAGAUUCAGAUGCGCGACUAUGUGGGGUACAUUGAAUCGCGGCGGCAGAUCUUGCAGGGGAGACCACAGCUCCGGCAGAAUUGGACCGGUCUGGCGAUUGCGCAGCAUUUGGCAGGGAGCUAUGCGGAAGCUGAAAAUGUCAUGGUCAAAUUUGAGGAAACGCUGAAGGUGCCUGUAGGAAAGGGCGAUGUGGAGCAUAGUGAAGCAGGACUAUACAAGAAUAUGAUUAUUGCGGAAUCCGGAGAUAUUGAGCGGGCACUAACGGACCUUGAGAAGAUUUCAAAGACUACAUUGGACAAGAUCUCAGUGUUAGAAAAGCGGGCCGAGUAUCUGCUGAAGCUUGAGAGGAAAGAGGAGGCCGUGACAGCUUAUAAAGUGCUAUUACAGAGGAAUGCGGAAAAAAGGGUGUACUACCAGGGUCUAGAGAAGGCUAUGGGAUGUGAGGAAGAUACAGCCGCACGAAAAGCGCUGUAUGCCGAAUAUGCGGAGAAAAACCAAAGGAGCGAUGCACCCAGGCGGAUCCCUCUGGAUUUCUUAAGCGGUGAUGAGUUUAGGGAGGCCGCGGAUGCUUAUCUGACGAAGCUACUCAAGAAGGGUGUGCCAUCGACUUUUGCGAAUGUUAAGGCCCUCUAUGCUGAUGCUGAGAAGCGUGCGACCAUUCUCGAGCUCGUCCAAGGAUACGCUGCAUCGCUUGAGAAUGAGGAGCCACAGGCUACUAAACCGAGCGAAUUCAAGCUAUGGACUCUCUAUUUCCUAGGCCAGCAUUACGACCAUUAUCGCACACGUAACACAGAAAGGUCGCUGGAAUACAUCAACAAAGCCCUCGAACUUAAACCCGAGCAGGUAGAACUCCACAUGACACUUGCACGUAUUUAUAAACAUGCCGGAAAUCUGCAAAAAGCCAUGGAGAAGAUGAACGAGGCCCGUAAUUUCGACAAAAAGGACCGCUACAUCAACACCAAAUGCUCUAAGUACCAACUCCGCAAUGACCACAACGAGGAGGCCCUCGAGACCAUGAGUCUGUUUACAAGAAACGAUGCACAUGGCGGUCCCCUCGGCGAUCUCCUCGAAAUGCAAUGCGUUUGGUUUAUCACCGAAGAUGGUGAAUCCUACCUCCGCCAGGGCAAGUUCGGCCUGGCUUUGAAACGCUUCCACGCCAUUUUAAAGAUUUUCGAGGACUGGACAGACGACCAGUUCGAUUUCCAUAGCUUCUCGCUCCGGAAAGGACAGAUCCGCUCAUAUAUUGAGAUGCUCCGAUGGGAAGACUCCCUGCGCUCCCACCCCUUCUUCUCGCGUGCCGCACUCGGAGCCAUUAAGGCCUAUAUAAUGCUCUCCGACAGACCCCACCUCGCACAUUCGUCCCUCUCUAAUGGUAACAAUGAGAACGUUGACUUCGAGGGUCUCUCCACUGCAGACCGCAAGAAGGCCCUUAAGAAAGCCAAACGCGAGGCCCAAAAGGCACAGGAAAGAGCCGUCGAGGCCGCUGCCAAAGCAAAAGAAGAAAAGGCCAAAAACGCUCAGGUUGCCAAUCUCGACGAGGAGAAGAAGAAAGAUGAUACCGACCCCUUGGGAACAGAGCUUGCACAAACUAAAGAGCCCCUAGAAGCUGCUCUAAAAUUUUUGAACCCACUGCUUGAGUUCUCACCAGGCAAGCUGGAGGUUCAAACGAGUGGCUUUGAGAUCCACUCCAGGCGGAAGAAGUGGCUGCUGGCAGUAAAGUGCCUCCGUGCCGCGCAGAAACUUGACCCCGAGAGUCCUGUAGUACACGAGCAGAUCAUACGCUUCCGAACCAUGGUCUCAAAACUUUCUGACGAGGAUAUCAAAGCCCCGUCCAAGGAAGUACUCAUCUCAACGCUUGAGGAGAUUCUCCCCGCAGCUACCGACCUUACUGCCUACAAUGUCGAGUUUUCGGCUAAGCAUUCUCAGAGCGCUCCUCAUAUCCGUGGAGCACUACGAGCCCGCAGUUUUUUGAGCGCUGGUGCACCCACUACACCGCUGCUUAAUGCGCUGGACCAAGAGGGAAUAUCUCUUUAUGAUGUUCUGCAGGGACAGUCACUGCUCCAGGAACUGAAGGCUCCGGAAGAGAAGAUUAAGGAAUAUAACCAGAAGGCUGCUGCGAAGUUCCCGGACGCAGUGGUAUUCAAAGAGAAGGCUGGGGCGGAAUAA